AAGCAAUAUUCAUCCUAUAAAUAUAGCCUAUUUCUUGGCAAUGACAAUAAGAAAUUAAAGAAGAAAAACUACAACCAGAAUGAGAAAAUUGUGUGCUAUUAUUCUCUUCUCUUGCUUUCUUCUCCUUCUAACUUUUAUAGACGUUGAAGCAGAUUGUGAAGGCAGCUUUUUCGCCGAUAACAGCACUUACAGCAAAAACCUUAACUCUCUUUUCUUUUCUCUUGCAAGUAACGUCAUCUCUAAUGACGGCUUCUACAACACUUCAACCGGAGAAGGCAUCAACAAAGUUUACGGUCUUGCCCUUUGUGGGAGAGGCUACGAGAAGCAAGCUUGUGUAAACUGCCUGGGGCAAGCGAUUCAAGAAUCACAAGAAACGUGUCCAAAUCGAAUGAAAUCUUUCAGAUGGACGACGAAAGACAAUGACAAUGCUUCAUGCCUUGUACGGUAUGCUAAUCACUCUGUUUUCGCGAGACUCGAGCUUUUCCCACCUCAUAUGUCACCAAAUCCUUUACGCAUAGAGGAACCUAAGAGUCUUAAGAUUUUUAGACCAGAAUGGGAAGCACUGGCUAACCUGACAAUCCAGUCUGCUACUUCAGCUCCUGAGAAUUCCUCACUUGUGCUUAAGUUUUAUAGCGUCAUAAGAGCAGAGUUCACAGAGUUUGCAGAUGUUUACAUGAUGAUGCAGUGCACUCCUGACAUUUUAUCUAUUGAGUGUAAUAAAUGUCUUACGAAGUGUGUGUUGAACUUUCAAUACAACAAUUGGGGACGUCAGGGCGGUGGAUGUCGGCUUCCCAGCUGUUAUUUCCGGUGGGAUACUUAUCCUAUUGUUGGUUCUUCUGAGAAUAUGACAAGAGUGUCUGUGAUUAGUCAUGGUUCUACUCCUCCUCAAGAAGAUACUGAGUUAAAACUUGGAUAUGAAGAGAAAGGAAAAACUAUUAGGAAUGGAACUAUUGCAAUAAUUGUGGUUCCAACGGUUAUUAAUAUCUUUGUGUUUGUUGUUCUUUUCAUAAUCUUUGAUCAGAGGAGAAAGUCAUAUAACAAAAACAUUAACGAAUCAGAAUACUGUGAUUCUGAUGGACAAUCUAUGUUGCGGUUUGGUCUUGCCAUAAUACUCUCUGCAACCAAUGACUUUUCGCCUAAAAAUAAGCUUGGUCAGGGUGGAUUUGGAACUGUAUACAAGGGGAUUUUACAAAACGGGCAAGAAAUAGCUGUGAAGAGAUUACUAAGUGAUCCAGGACAAGGAUGUACAGAGUUUAAGAAUGAGGUCUCGAUCUUGACAAAACUCCAACAUAAGAACUUGGUUAAGCUUCUUGGGUUCUGUAAUGAAGAAGACGAAGAGAUUCUUGUCUACGAGCUUGUGCCCAAUUCUAGUCUUGACCAUUUUAUCUUUGAUGAAGAGAAGCGUUCGCUUCUUACAUGGGAGGUGAGGUUCAAGAUUAUCGAAGGCGUUGCUCGAGGUCUUCUUUAUCUCCAUGAGGAUUCUCAGUUGAAGAUUAUUCACCGAGACUUGAAGGCGAGCAAUAUCCUUUUAGAUGCAGACAUGAACCCUAAAGUUGCAGACUUUGGGACUGCGAGGUUGUUUGACACUGAUGAGACUUGCGCUGAAACAAGACGCAUAGCUGGAACCCGUGGAUAUAUGGCUCCGGAAUACCUGAAUCACGGGCAAAUCUCAGCAAAAUCUGACGUUUUCAGCUAUGGUGUUAUGCUUCUAGAGAUGAUUAGUGGUCAAAGAAACAAUAGCUUCGAAGAAGGACUUGCAGCAUUUGCAUGGAAGAGCUGGGUUGAAGGAAAGCCCGAGACUGUAAUUGAUCCUUUACUGAUGGAGAAUCCAAGAAUCGAAAUCAUAAAGUUGAUCCAGAUUGGUUUAUUGUGCGUUCAGGAGAUUGCAGCAAAGCGACCAACCAUGAGCUCUGUAAUAGUUUGGCUUGGCAGUGAGACUGUCACUAUCCCUUUACCUAGUUUUCCUGCUUUCGCUAGGAACCAUUCUCAAUCUGAAAACAGUAAAAUGUCACUGAGCAAUAACGUCUCCACGGAAUUGAGUUAUAAAUAAGUAGAUCAUUAGGUUUAUAUGCAACUACGUUAUUACAAAGACCCAAUAAACCGUUUCUUUGGUAAAGCUGAUCCCAAUAUAUAAAAGGGAUUGAGAACAUGUUUAUUGAUAGCAACCUUGUUUUGCAUAAGUGGGGCAUCAUCAAUUUUUAACUAUUAAAGUUUAGAGAAGCAACUUUAAUAAGGAACACUUAAUUAAAGAUGUUUAUUGGUAGUUGGUUUAAUAAAAAAAGAGAGAAAGAAUGAAAAGAAGUAAAAGAAGAGAAGAGACAAUGAAUCUCUGACAUGUGGCACUAAUUCGCUAUGUCAUUGUUGUUUUGUCGACAUAAGAUAAACCUUGGUUUUUAGUAUUAUUUUGUUACAUGUUUUUUUUCCUAGUCCAACAAUGGGCCCAUUUUCAAUCUAAAACUUGAAACAUGUAAAGACACUUUUUUUUUUGACAUAAGACACAUUCUUCUAGAGAUACACUUUUUUCCUUUUUUCCCCAUGUGUUUUGACAUCACUAUCCUUUACGUUUGGUUAAGAGGAAGAAGGUACACAUCCUUCUUUUCUUAUUUUAAGUUCUUAUUAUUAGUCA